AUGGAUUCAAUAACUGGCAUCGAAGAUCAUCAACAAUAGAGAAAUAAUAUAAUCUGCAAUGUCUAGCUAGUCUAACAAGCGAUUAUGGAUAGUUACCAUGAGAAGGAAUACAGAUAAUCAAUUUCACUGACUUAAACUUAAACCUAAAAAGUUCCUGAUGAUAAUACUAAUCAACACGUUUCUUUGUUGUUAUAUCCUAUUCAAACUUCUGAUAAGCAUGAUGAUGUGUUUAAUGCAAAUGUGACAACUAGUAUUAGGAAUAGAAUUUCGCCAUAUUUUGGUGUUUUACUUAAAAAAAGUCCUCAUUGGGUUCAAGGCUAUAAGGAGAGAUAAUGUUCUAUUGUUAAUCGGAUUUUUAGGUAUUUCUCAAUGGAACAUAAAAAACUAGAGGGUGUUUUAAAUUUUGAUGUUUAAACAUAUUAACUUAUUGAGAUCAAAGAUAAGCAAGGAAACAUAAUUGAGUUCAUAAUCAAACCGGUUGGGAAAAUAGAUAAAAUCUUCCAAUUUAAAGGAACAAAUCCUAUGGAAACCACAAAAUGGUUCAACACCAUAAAAAUACAUUUGCAAGAUUCAAUUGGUUUUAUGAAUUAACUUACAUCUCUAUGUAAAUAUGAAAGAUAUUGGAGGGUAUCUAAUGUUAAAUUAUCAAAGCAUGAAAGAAUUUCAGCCUAAUAGUUAGAGGAAGAUGCAGAAGAUGGUGACAUCAUCUUAUUUAGAGGAAAAGAUAUUAAUUGUUAUGUACAAAGAGCAUUUACAUAAGACGAUUUUGACCACGUCGGUUUGCUUCUGAAAAUGGAUAAUAAUGAAUUAUUUAUAUUUGAGGCCUUGCCAUCAAGUGGUGUUGCAUUGUGUAGAUGGAGCACUUUCAAUAUUAGAAAAUGGUAUUCGAUGUAUGAAAAGGUCGUUUAUAGAAAACUUAAAACUAAUAGAUCAAUAGAAUUUAAAGUCAAACUCUCUGAUUUUGUAAAUGAAAACUUAGGAAAAAAGUAUUCAUGCACUCCUUCAAAAUUAUUAAUGUAAAAGUCCAUUCUGUUUGUGGAUGAAUAACCAAAAACAGAAGAAUAAAAAAAUAGAACAUAUUUUUGUUCAGAAUUAGUUGCAAAAUGUUAUAAAGACCUUGGAUUCUUACCAAAAAUAGUCUCUUCCACUCAAUAUUGGCCUGGUUCAUUUUCUUAAUAAAACAGUAAACUUAAACUACAAUAAGCAUCCCUUAGUGAUGAAUAUUUAAUUGAUUUUUGCAUGUGA